AUGACAGAGGACGACGACCAAAAAGGAUAUACGUGGGAAGCUGGAUAUGCGGACGGUUUGAAUAUCCGCGAAGUAUUAGAGGAAGAUGAGGGUGGAUCAAUCGAGAAGUCCAUCGCAAAGCUCGUUGCAGAGGCACGGAAAAAGCAACGUACGAUCGAGAAGCCAUCGAAAAUUCGUUCUCGCAUUGUAAGGUGUCCAAUUUCCCUAUUUGUGUACUCGAAUUCCAGACCAUUUAUUCAGAUGCGCUAUGUCUAUGUGGCGAUUGACUGUUCGCGAUCAAUGACAAGCAAAGUCUUACCACCAUCUCGAUUUUUCGUCACCAUGAAGAUUCUGAACACGUUUAUCGACAAGUUCUUCGAACAGAAUCCUAUUUCACAGUUAGGGAUAAUCAUUGUCAAAGACAAGAAAGCCGAACGUUUUGUUAGCCUCACAGGCAACGUCCGCGCUUUGAAGGACAACCUGGGUUCCUUAAAUGAAGCCAUAUGCAGUGGAGACUUCUCCCUUCAGAAUGCGUUGCAACUUGCUCUCACCAAUUUAAAAAGCUUACCUGGACACGUGUCCCGCGAAGUGGUUGUGAUUAUGUCCAGUUUGUCUACGGUGGAUCCUGGAAAUGUAUUCUCCACAUUCGAGCUACUCAGAGGCCAUAAUAUCCGGUGUUCUGUGAUUGGAAUAAGUGCGGAACUAUUUGUUUGCAAACAGCUGGCAAAAAUUACAAAU